CAUCAGCUGCUGUCCAUAUACUUUUGGUCGUAAAAGUGCAUAUUUAUUGUUAACAUCAGUUUCUAAAUCAUAAACCCCUAUAGGAAAAUGGUGUUUGACAGAGAUAAAAUAGCAAAUGGAAUUUGAACUGGCUCGUAAACCUGCCCAAACUAUGAACAUUUGAAGAGCUGUAGCAAUCUGCUUUCUUCAAUGGAAUACCAAAUCGUUGGUAAGGGAUUUUCAAAGGACCCUUCUUAUUUUCAGAAUAUGAUAUUUGUAUUGUUUGCUUCACUUUGAUUCAUUAUUCAUUCAUAUUCAGACACUUAAAUCCAGGUAAAUCUGAACAGAAUUAUUAAAACGGCAUAUAGAUAUUGUAUAACACAAAUAAGUUUUGCAAAUUGUUGUAUAUGCAGAGAUUAUUUUGACCGUAUAUUAUUUCCUAUGUUAAAGGGUUAAUAAUAAUAAUAAAAAAUAAUAAUAAUACAUAUUAAAUAUUUCCCCUUUAACAAACAAUACAAAUAUUCUGAAAAUAAGAGGGGUACUUUGAAAAUCCCUUACCAAAGAUUUGGUAUUUCAUUGAGGAAAGCAGAUUGUCACAGAUCUUCAUAUAUAUACACAGAAAGCUGAAUAUAUAUGUCUGAAUACAAUGAAUUUGUUCUCUUUUUAGAAACUAUGAAGAACCAUUUUUCCUUGAAACCUCUAGUAGCUGUAGAGGUUGCCAUGAUUUUAUUGAUUGCUCUGCCCUUUUGCAAUAGUGGAAAUAUUCUAGUAAUCCCUGUGGAUGGAUCCCAUUGGGUAAAUAUGAAAGUGCUCAUGGAGGAACUGCAUUUGAAAGGACACAUCAUGACUGUGAUUCGAGGGUCCAAUACCAUGUACAUUGCUGAAAAGUCUCCUCUUUACACGACAAUCACAAUCCCUGUAAAGGGAAAUAUAACAAAGGACUUCUUCCACAAGUUUUUAAAGAAAAUGUUGGAAGUGCAACGAGGUGACAAAUUCCUGAUAAAAUUCCUCAAAUUGCAGAGGGAUUUCUCAUCUAUGAUGUCUGAAGUUCACCAUUUUUCAAGCGAGAUAGUUUCUAAUAUAUUGGAAAAUACAGAACAGGUGAAACGGCUUCAGGAAGCCCAUUAUGAUCUAGUGCUCACUGACCCUGUCAUACCAGGAGGGGUUGUGCUGGCUCAUUACCUUAAACUGCCACUGGUGCUGAACGUACGCUGGAUCCCCAGUGGGGAGGGGCAUUCUGCUUUGGCGCCUACACCCCUGUCUUACAUCCCAUCUCCAGGCUCUGGGUUCUCAGACAGAAUGAGUUUCACUGAAAGGGUUAUAAACAUCCUUUACUAUGGCAUCAUCCUCUUCCAACAACGCUUUAUGAUUGGACCUCAUUACCAAGCUCUCUGUGACAGGUACUUCGAGUCAAGUUGUGAUAUUGAGACCCUUAUUCAGUCAGCGGAUAUAUGGCUCAUGAGAGCUGACUUUGUCUUUGAAUUUCCACGCCCCACCAUGCCAAAUGUUGUCUACAUGGGUGGGUUCCAGUGUAAGCCUCCCAAAGCCCUUCCUGAAGAUUUGGAAGAGUUUGUCCAGAGCUCUGGAGAACAUGGUAUCAUUCUAAUGUCUUUGGGAAGCAUGGUUGACAGUCUCCCGAGUGAUAUAUGUGAUGAAAUUGCAUUUGUCUUUGCAACAUUACCUCAGAAGACAUAG